UCCCAUUGUAAAGACAGAAGACGUGGUUUCUUGAACUCCGCGUCAUUCAGUCAUUUCCUUAUUUCAAUCAGACGAUCUUCACUGGGGGAGAAAAACCGGCUCGGGCCAGUUAAUGGCUUAGAUUUCUAACUCUGGGCUCGUUGAGGAUUUUAUUCUUUACAAUGACGCAUGACGGAACGACUGCUGGGGUUCGCGUGUAGCUAAUGUAUCAUCAUCAAAUGCAGUCAAAUUUGAAACCUGGCUGGCCCUCGACUAGUAAUUCGGGAAAUAAUCACGGAAACUGGAAAAACACAAUGGAUGCUUCUCAGUAUCCAAGCUACCCUUCACACUACUGGUAUCCACAGUCUCAUCCCACAGGGCACUAUGCAAAUACCUAUCCCUCGGGAUCAGAUGUUCAGCCGCAGUACAAUACACAGGUAAUGCCUGGAGGGUAUCCAAAUGGCCAUGGAGUCUACAGCCCUGCACAAAGUCAAUAUUCAGCAAGUGGUUUCCACCCAUCCAACCCCUUCUACUGUGCUGACCCUCAGAGACCUACUCCAGGUUCUUAUCCUAACCAAGGCUGUCCAGCAGAACAGAGUGGUGGGCCCUCUGGGCAGCCACACACUCAGCACCAGCAUCAUCACUAUCUUGGUCCACACUGUCAAGGGGGUCCUGGAUAUCCUCCUGGGCCAUACUCACACUAUAAUGAAGGUGGACAUUCAGUAUCUCCAAAUCCACCAUACCCUACUGGUCAGCCUCUCCAUCCUACCGCGCAGGGUGAUGCAUGGGGGCAUUCUGUCCCAUAUGCCCCCUCACAGCAGCAGUGGCAGCCAGGCCAACAGCCUCCACAAAACCAUUAUGGAAAUCAUGUCCGUCCACUGCAUCCUCCUGCUUGGCCAGGAACUGGAACUGGUGCGCCGCCACCUUAUCAGCCUAAGGACCAACAGCACCAGCGUGCUCCUCAGGUGGGGCCUAAACCCAGGCCAAUGCCUUCCCCGAAUCCACCGAAUGGAAAAUCUGCUGAGAUAAGUUCACCUCCUCAAAUGUACAGCAAAACCGACAGAGGUGAUCCCCAUCCUUCCCAGGCUGAUCCACUUCCCUCAGCCCCAGCCCACACUCAAGCACCAGCUGCAGGUCAGGUUGGACCUCAGGCCCUGAGUGAUAAUCCCGGCCUUGCUAAGGUCCAGCAGGUUAUGGCCAGAGUUGAUCUGCUUCAGGAAGAUGUUGAUGAGUUUGUUGGAAAAAAAACAGACAAGAGUUACAGAUGUCUGGAAGAACUGCUGACCAAAGAGCUGCUGGAGUUGGACUCUGUCGAGACUCAGGGACAGGAAAAUGUCCGGCAAGCCCGAAAGGAAGCUGUACAGAGAAUCCAGGCCAUUCUGGACCAGCUUGAGAAGAAAGCGUUCUGAACUAGACUUAAUUUAUUUGCUUGUUGAUGAAUAAGUCUUGUUUUCUUCCUUCAGAUCUUCCAUGGUCAAGUUGAUGGUCCAGUCUCAUUUUGCAGAGCUGUUAUAAUCAGGGUCCCCCUCCCCCAUAACGAUAAUAUUGGAAAUAAGUGACAUUAUAUAGUAAGUGACUUUCAGCCUCCAUGAGUGACUGUGCUGGCUACACAACCUGACGCUUUUGCUUCUCUUCUGUUUAAUGUCAUGCCUCUGCUAGCACCAUGCAAGGUGUCACUGGAUUUUUUUUUUUUUUUUGAAGUGUCACAUUGCAACUGUUCAUGGUCUCUAACUU